AUUUGAUUGGUCCUGUCAUAAAGAUCGUCGCCAUGGCUGAAAUAGAAGCAUCUCAAGCGCUGAUAGCGAAGAGGUAUUUGAAGUUUCGCUUCAUGAUGCACGAUGCCUGGGAGAACGCACUGUUCGUUCAUUGGCCUGUACUGCCAGAGCGCCUCACAGAGAUGUUGCCCAGGGGCCUGGAACCAGACAUCAUGGAUGGUUCUGCGUGGGUGGGUUUGGUGCUGCUGACUGAACGUGGCGUUUCCUCCUCUCAUCCUUUGGGUCGAGCACUGGUGCCGCCCAUCGACCACUUGGGAGCCAACAUCAGAACCUAUGUUCGGCGCAAUGGUGUACCUGGGAUCUUCUUUUGGUCUCUGGAGUGCUCUAGUACUCUCGCUUCAAUCGGCGCGCGGGCGGCAGGAAUUCCAUACUUUCCGGCCAGCAUGUCCAGAAGUGUCGAUUUCGAGCCCUUUGCCAAAAACAAGGAUGUCGACGUGCAAAAAGCAGAGCCAGGCUUCACCUUUGAAUUUUCUUCCACACGCUAUGGCAUCUGCAGCCCUCCACGCGUUUCUGCGCGGUGGCGUUUGCAAAGCGGCAACGGUUCCGAGCAUGAUGGACUUUGCGAUACGGAGAAUGGCUUCACACGCAGAGCGAGAUGGUUUGUAGAGAGGUAUUCUGUUUACGCUGCCUGGCCAUGGGGCAAGGGACCGCUUUUGCUUCGUGGAGAUGUGCAACACCCACAAUGGCCACUGCAGCGGGCAGUCAUCGAAUCCCUGGAUGCGUCAGAGCUUCUGCAGGCAGCAGGAUGGACAGAGCUUGCGUCAGGCGAGAAUUUGGCACCGCACGUGUGCUUCUCCCGGGGUGUGGGGCCAGUGGAGUUCUGGAUGCUGGAACCUGUUUGAACUGCUUGAGCAAGCUGCUCAGGAAAAUCUUGCUUGCGUAUGUUUGCAUAAGGUCUUCAAAUGCAGGCUGCCACUGCAGCCCAGGUCGGCCUACCUUGGGCACUGGAUGUACAGCAGACUUGCCUUCCGAGCUCAAUAUCUCAGGAGGAAAAUCAUUUUCUGGCAGCCUGAGUUCCUUGUUCCAAAUUUUCAAGCCAGAUCCGGCUUCAACAGAACUAUUUGGGAAGACUGCAUCGAAAAGAGUGUAGCAGCGACGGGAAUUUUCCCAACGCACCUUGAAAGUUAGGGUUUUUUUGCACCGGGGUCCCCAAUAGCAGCAUCUUCAGGGCAACGCAAGCCAAUGUUUUGGUACCCGGACACUAUAUGAUGUUCGCAAGAGACAAACGCUUUGUGGACAGCUAGUUCCACAAGCAUCACAGUGAAAAGAAUUGCCAUGUAGUCCCCAUACCCAUACCAUGCGUCGCCCAUCAUCAAGUGACAUGCCGGUGACAAUAGACUUCAUUCUUCCCCAUGGAUACAGGGCUGUGUUUGGACAUGCCCCAAACAGAGCACUGCCAGCCGUAGCAGGGAGCUAUUGUUUGCAUUCUUUUCCUUUAAACUGCAAUGAUCCCUGAUGUGCGGCAACUGUUUGGACCAGCGAAAAGCAUUGCCCAUGAGUGUCAUUGGCAGUUGAGACGCCUUGGGUCAUUCACUCCAUGUGUAUCCAUGUGUAUAUACUUCACGUAUUUGCCUUUAGGCUCGUCAAAGCACAUCAAAAUAUAUCUGCCUGUAUCAUUUGGUGAGGCCCAUCGUGCCCUUGCCGCCUCUGUGUACAUCUGCAGAGUCUGAGAAUCUGAAGACUGUCCAGAAAGGCAGCGAUGCUGUUCUUCAAGCAAAGGAAGGUGACAAAAAAUGUAUCAAGUACAUGGGCUUUGGCGACGCUUUAGCAGGUCAAAUAUCGCCGAGCUGCCGGCUGUCAGUCAGAGCCCUCGAGCAGCAGGGAUUGACCGUGGAACUUCGCUCAU